CUCAAUUCCACUCGUCCGCACGCGCGAUGCGGAAGGCAGCAGCGUCUUACUCCUGCUUCACCAUCACCUUCCCUAAUCGCAGCCGCCGCCGUUUGGUGAAGCUCGUCUCUUGGGAUGGCCCCACGUCUUUACUUGCCGCGAAGAAGCAGCUCCUCGCCGGCGAGCUGAUGUCCGAGUUCCCGGACCGCAUCGUCUGCCACGCCAACUCCUUCUACAUCGGCCACCCGCUCCCGGUCCUCGCUGCCGCCGCCGAGCUCCUCGCAGGGGAGACCUAUUUCCUCCUCCCGGCCGAUCGCUUCGGCUGCAGCAAGACUCUGACGACGGCGUCCCUGGCGUCGCUGUCUCCGCCUGCGGCGAAGGUGUCGCUCGAGGAGCAGAGUCCUUUCUCGUACGCGAAGGGCGACGACGGGAGGCAAGUCAUCAAGGUGCGGCCUGAGUUCAUAGCUAAGGUCAUCGGGUCCACGCAGGAGGAAAACGGAGGUCGGAGGAACAGGGUCGGCGACGGUGGUGGUGGAAGUAGUUUAUGCAGCACGCCGGAGCUGAGGAAGCAUUACGAGCAGCUGGUGGGAUUGAAAUGCCGGCAUUGGUCGCCGACGCUGGAGACAAUUACGGAGAGCAAGCACAAGGGUAGGCGAUCAUGUACAAGAUUAUUAAUGAGCAAGAUCAUACACAAUCUAGCGGCUAGCACAUGAGGUGUUGUCAUCAUGAGAUCUGAAAUUCGAAUCUCGGUAAAAUCGAGAUAAAUGUCUCCCUCAUGUACUAGUUUCUAUUCCAAGGGGUAGCGGCCACUCGUGAUUUACCUCCUCCGUGUUAAUUUUAAGACGAGUUGACUGGAGCGGGGCGACUGUAUUCAUCUUUUGC